AAACUCUGCAGGAAAGUGGUCCUCAAUGGCCAGAGUCGAGAACCCCAGAUUUAGGGAUUUAAUCCAAUAUGUGUACUAUUUUUAGGGUUAAUCAUGUCAAGCUUAGGUAGUUUGCUGACCAGCUAUCUAAGGGGUCUUGGAGCUUUAUUUCUUCUGUUCGUAGUGUUGUCUAUCGAAGUGUACCGUUUGUGCUCGACUUGAGACUUCUUGUAUAUGUAUUUACUUUUAUUAUUUCCGAUAUACCUGCACAAAAUGUAUGUAGGGAUUAAUUUAGCUGCUUUUCCCAUUUUGUUUAUUCUUGUUUGUUAAGUAGGCCUCAUAUUUUGCUUUCAUAUAUAGAUUUCUAUGUAGGAUUAGUUUGCGCCAUAUUUAAGUUGGUAUGCUUAUAUUAUAUAAUAGAAAUACUUAUUUCUUCCUUUUCAAGAAUUGCUACACAACCUUUUCGGUUUUAGCAGAAAGAAAAAGUUCUUACGUUCUGCUGCAGUGCUUUAUGUCGGGCAUCAUGGUAUGCAGUUAACCGUGUUGUCCACUAGAGUCUGCUAUUGUUGCUCUCACCCUAAAUCUCCUGUCGUUACACAUUCUCCAAUGAGAAUUGGGCGAUGUGAGUGAGCUUUGAAGCAGAAAUCCUCAGUGCGAAGUCGCCAAUCAAACCCGGUCAGACAAACGGAGGGAGAGCGUGCGUCUCAUAUGGACUAACAGAGACGCACCCGUGACUUGGCCCUGAUCAAUACACGAUCUAUUGCCACUGGACACCGGAAACGGCCGCCUGAUCACGAUCUAUCAAAGAACAACGAUUGAGACUGAUAAUAAACGAGGAGGACUAUGACACAGGCGCUCAAGAGGCCAUGCACACGAGCCUAAUGAACCGGUUGUGCAACUCGUAGUGCCGUCAAGCCCCUUUCUGCGUUCCUUGUGCACUGCAGCACCCCCUUACAGGAACAUGUCUGCGGCGCAGACUCAGAAUGACCGGGAGCAGCGCUGGGGUUGUCUGGAAUCUCUCGGCCUCAGCCAAAAGGAGCUGGUCUUAGCAGAGGCCCUACAGAUGGAGUAUGACGCCCUCGCCCGCCACCGACAGGACAAAAGCCCAGCAAAUACGCUACCCCCUGACACCAGCAAGUCAUCGCCCUCGAGGAGCGAGCCCACCCUGCCAAGACGUGUUCCCAGUCCACCUUGGAAUAAUUUGCAGCAAGGUGUGUCCGGAUCUGACCCCAUGCUUAACCACGUUCAACCCGGAGUGUCGAACCUAUCGCAUUCCAGCGGUGAGUCUCACGGAUUUAGUAAGGAGCCUCGUUACAUCCUGGACGAAUGGGAAAGUGACUUUGAAGGAACAUCGCAAUUGCUGUCAAAAGGGCUGCCAUCCCUAGAUGAGCCUCCACCACCAGUACCGCCCAGGAAUCCUAUCCCCCAGAAUGAUCCGUUUAUUGUUCAUCGAAGCUCAGUCCCACGGGAUGUCAACUUGUUCACUCCUGAGGUGGACCAACCCAAGCUUUCCCCUGGAGAUGCUCUGAACUAUGACAACCUCAAUGACUCCCUGAGCAAGCUAAAUGGGGAUUGGCUGUCACCUAAUAGAAGCCGGAGAGUAAAUGGGGACAAAUCAGGGAAGGCAGUAGCUCGCAGUAACACCCUUCCUCCUCAAGUUCCUCCCCGCACCUAUGUUCCGGGGCAGAAGAGCACUAGAAGCCAGCGCAGAGUAUCAGUUGAUCCGGUAUCUCUGGGUUCCAGACCAAAUGGCUUUGGUUACGAGCUCUUUCAGGUGUCUGAAGAGAGGGAUGAAGAAGUGGCGGCCUUCUGUCAUGUACUUGACUUGCUACGAUCAGCAUACCCAUGCAACGACUACUCAAAAAAUGCGGGUUUUGUUUGGAGUCCAUGUGUGGCACAAGAUGAACUGCAGCAGGGCCUAGGGGUCAGCAUAAAGGUCACAGUUUACAGUUACCACUUCAGAGAACCGCACACUUUCUCUUGUGAUGGAUCUUCAACCAUAGACCUGCUGAUCUAUCAGACCCUCUGCUAUUCCCAUGAUGACCUGGAUAUGAUUGAUGUGGAUGACUACUUGCUGAAAAUAUGUGGCCAGGCAGAGUUCCUCAAAAACACUGAGACUCUGGCGAGCUUUGAGUACAUCCAGCAAUGUCUGAAGUUUGACUGGGACAUUCGACUCAUUCUUACCAAACGGAGUUCUGUCAGCAUGGAGCUCGCCCGAAUGCCCGAAGAUGAUGAUACUCUAUCCACCAUGAACCACAGUAUUCUACUGCAAGAGAGGCCAAUCAGACAGACUGUGACCAGGGAGGCUCUGACUCUUCUACUGGAUACCUUUCACAACGAGGCUGAGUCUUUCCUUUUAUCGGAGGUGGAGUUACCGUUGCAUGUGGAGCGGUUAGUGCAGUCAGUGAAGGCCCUGUGUACUUCUCUAGCAGCUGUUGAAACCCCUGACAUCACUGCUGCCCUAAACCAGCUGCCAGCUUGCCCCUGCAGACUACAGCCUAAAGUGCAGAAGGAUGUCAGUGUCUUGGCAAAGAGAGAAAACAGAGUGACGAUUGUAGAGAAGUUGACUGCAGCCAUCUUGGAUCUUGUGGAGCUGUACUGUAGCACUUUUAAUGCUAAUUUCCACACCAUGCCACACAGCAGCAGAUCCACAGCCCCCAUACAGGAAGCUGGCAUGGUCACCAACGUCCUUUCCUUCAGCGUUUACGCGGCUCACCGCAUUCCCAUCACAUGGGCUGCCAGCUAUGAAAAUUUCUUCCUGUCCUGUUCUCUCACCCAUGGCGGGGUGGAAUUAUGUGCCCCCCAGCACACCAGUAAACAAGCGGUCAGCAAAUAUCUCUUCCACCUGGUGGUGUGGGACCAGAGAGUUUGCUUCCCCGUCCAGAUCAACCAGUUGCCAAGGGAGUCACAGCUGACUGUGACGCUAUAUGCCACCCCUCUACCGCCUCCUGGAGGUGCGGAGGAGAAGAGCAAGCAGAAACGCAGCAUUGAAGCUCUGGGCUGGGUCACCAUGCCCUUAUUCAACUUUAGACAUGUUCUGACGUGUGGGAGGAAGCUGCUGGGUCUCUGGCCUUCAACCCCCGGCAGUGGAAAUGCUCGUUCCAGUACACCCAACUUCAGUCAGCCAGACAGUGUCAUCCUUCAGGUGGACUUUCCCACUUCUUCUUUCGAAGUACGCUUCAGCACCCCGGCUCCUGCAGAGUUCAGUCCCCAAUAUGAGUUCUCCUGCCUGGACCAGGUCAGCCAGAGGCAGCUACAUGAUGUCUUGCACAAGAAGUCCCUUUUCUGGUUGACUCCAGAGGACCGUCGUCUGUUGUGGGAGAAGCGUUAUUUCUGCCAUGCGGAAGCCAGUCGUCUGCCGCUGGUCCUGGCCAGCGCACCCAGCUGGGAGUGGGCAUGCUUGCCUGACAUCUAUGCUCUGCUCCGCCAGUGGGAAUGCAUGAACCACCUGGACGCCCUAGGCCUACUGAACGCCACGUUUCCAGAUCAGGAGUGCAGGCGGACGGCGGUACAGUGGAUGGACUCCAUCUCUGAUCCCGAGCUUUUGGACUUCCUUCCUCAGUUAGUGCAGGCACUGAAGUACGAGUGUUAUCUGGACAGUCACUUGGUGCGUUUUCUGCUGAGGAGGGCCAUCGGGGAUGUGCGCAUAGCUCACUACCUCUUCUGGUUGUUGAAAGAUACUCUUCAGGACUCUCAGUUUAGCGUGCGGUAUCAAUAUCUGCUGGCGGCUCUUCUCUGCUGCUCCGGUCGAGGUUUAAGGGAAGAGUUUGAUCGGCAAGGCUGGCUGGUUAACAUUCUGGCUAAACUAGCCCAGCGGGUCAGAGACGCCUCACCUUCAUCCAGACAGGCUAUUCUCCGUGAGGGGCUAGACGAGGUCAAACAGUUCUUCUGUAUGAACAGCAGUUGCCGACUUCCUCUGAACCCAGGCCUGCUUGUCAAGGGCAUCAACAUACAGUCUUGCUCCUACUUCAACUCUAAUGCAGUGCCCCUCAAGCUCUCAUUCCAGAACCAGGAUCCUCUGGGUGACAACAUCAAUGUCAUCUUUAAGGCUGGAGAUGACCUGCGGCAGGACAUGCUGACGUUGCAGAUCAUUCGGAUCAUGAAUAAGAUCUGGAUCCAGGAGGGACUUGACAUGAGGAUGGUCAUCUUCCGCUGCUUCUCUACGGGACGGGGCAGAGGCAUGGUAGAGAUGAUUCCUAGUGCAGAAACCCUGAGGAAGAUCCAGGUUGAGCAUGGAGUAACUGGUUCCUUUAAGGACCGGACUUUGGCAGACUGGCUGCAGAAACACAACCCGACUGAGGAUGAAUAUGAAAAGGCGGUGGAAAACUUCAUCUAUUCAUGUGCUGGUUGUUGUGUGGCCACAUACAUUCUAGGCAUCUGCGACCGCCACAAUGACAACAUCAUGCUAAAGACCAGUGGUCACAUGUUCCAUAUUGACUUCGGCAAGUUUCUGGGGCAUGCACAGAUGUUUGGCAACAUUAAACGCGACCGGGCUCCUUUCGUGUUUACGUCUGACAUGGCGUAUGUUAUCAACGGUGGUGACAAGCCAUCCAGCCGUUUCCAUGACUUUGUAGACUUGUGCUGUGAGGCCUACAAUCUCAUUAGGAAACACGCACAUCUGUUUCUUAACCUGCUUGGCCUGAUGCUGUCCAGUGGGAUACCAGAGUUGUCUGAUGUAGAUGAUCUGAAAUAUGUCUAUGAUGCUCUGAGACCACAUGAAACAGAAGCAAAUGCCACCAUGCACUUCACCAGGCUGAUCGAGUCAAGUCUUGGCAGUGUGGCUACUAAACUCAACUUUUUCAUCCAUAACCUGGCCCAAAUGAAGUUUGCAUCCUCCGAGGAACGUCCCGUUCUAUCAUUUGCUCCACGUGUCUACACUCUAAAGAGUGACGGUGUCAUUCGCAGCCUGUUUGUUUGCAGACACAUCAAAACCUUUACUCCAAGCAAAGGCUACUCUUAUGUUGUAAAAGUGGAGCGGGAAGGUCAACCGGGGUCAACAACUUUAGUCCAGAGGACCUUUGAGGAGUUCCAUGAACUUCACAGUAAACUGCAGCUCAUCUUCCCUUCCUCAAAACUACCCAGCUUCCCCAGCCGCUUUUUGAUUGGUCGGUCUCGAGGGGAGGCCCUAGCAGACCGAAGGAAAGAGGAGCUAAAUGGAUAUGUUUGGCAUUUGAUCCAUGCUGCUCAAGAAGUGGCACAGUGUGAUCUGAUCUACACCUUCUUUCACCCUCUACCAAGAGACGAGCGGGCAGGAAGUGUAGGGACUGUUGUAAAUGCACUCCAUAAUAAACCAGCAGAUGCGUCCUGGGCUCCUGUGACCGGUACAGUGGCAGGUGAAGUGAAGCUCUCGAUUCUGUACAAGAGCGACAAGCUUUUCAUUAUGGUGAUGCACAUCAGAGGCUUGCAACCCUUGCAGGAGGGAACAGAUCCUGAUCCGUACGUCAAAUUGUACCUCCUCCCAGACCCUCAGAAAACUAGCAAAAGGAAGACCAAGGCAGCCCGGCGAACAUGCAACCCCACUUACAAUGAGAUGCUGGUGUAUGAUAAGAUCCCACGUGGCGAUUUGCAGCAGAGAACCAUUCACCUGCGGGUACUGAAUGAGGGAGCAUUCUGGGACAACACCCUGCUGGGUGAAACCAUCAUCCAUUUGAAAGACCUCACCCCGGGCCAUCGUAAGGUGGACUGGUACCAGCUUGGCAGUAGAGGCUCCGACAUAAACCGCUAGUGCUUGUAUGGAUGCCCAGAAGUGAAGGAUUUCACUUGUGUCCUUCAGUGUGCAUGUGUUUGUGUCUGUCUUUGCUUAUGGGUCGGGAGUUGGAGAUGCCCAGCUGCUCAGAAGGCUGUUUCCCCCAGUGGGGGUUUGUGUUUGUUGAUUCUCCUGCCCAGGAGAUGUGUAGAUUCGGUGAUGGAGUGUCAUCACUUAAUACUGUUCUGGUGGGGUACCGUGCACCAUGUGAACUAGACCUCGGAUUAAAGCAAGCAGUUCUUGGUAAGACUAUGGGACUAAAACCAUUUGGUGACACAAGGAUUGGCAAAAAGAAUAUUUAAAGAUGAAAUUACUUCCAUGCACCAUAUUUUUGGGGGGAUUUCUGGAAAAUUGCUGUCCAUGAAACUUUUUAAAGCCCCAUUUUGUCUUCAGAAUGCUAAUGGAAAUUUUAAGUUAUUUUCUUUUUAAGAUGUUUCUCUAUUGCGGCUCUAUUUUGAGCUACAGUAUGUUGUGUCUUGUGACAUUAGUUGUCUCUUUGUAUCAGAUUUUGCAGAUUUACCUAAAGAUUAAUAGUUAGGGCUGCUUUUGUACUGUAAAGUUGGGUAAAUUUUUUUUUUUUUUUUUUUUUUUUUUUUUUUUUACAUUGCCUGAUCAUGAAAAAGGGAAGAACACUUGAUGGUCUUUGGCUUGAAACCGUGGAAUUAACUUGCUUCAUAUAACCACUGCAGUGGAAAUGACACACACAGAACAGAGUGAAUGUAGAUUUUUGAUCAUGUAAAAUAGGUGGGUGCAUAAAAACAAAAACAUGAAUUGCAUGUACAGUAUAUUGAACAACAGAGACAAACCCUGAGAAAUAUGGAUAAUUUCUUUACAUAAACCUCUAACAUUUUGUUUCUUUCUGAAAUGAUGGCACAUUUUAUACAGAAAAGGCUUUCAAAGGGACUUGACUUUAGAGUCAAUGAUUUUUGCCUUGAUGAUAUAUAAACAACCUACACAAGGAAAUUUCUAUUUGAAAAUAGUUGAUUUGCAUGCUGUAAAAUUUGCUACUGGAUAAAUAUUGCAUUUUUGCAUUUGUUUGUCAAGUACAUUGACCUCGUAUUUUUCCAAGUUUUAUUGGUUAAUUUAUUUUAUUAUUUUUUUAUUUUAUUUUUUUUUCAAAGGGGGAGUGAAAUUAAAGCUUUAGACUGUGGUUCUGUCAGUAUUUUAAUUUCUCCUUUUUAUGUAAAACUGCAUGUAAAUUAAAUGCUAAAUAUACCACAGUAGUUUUUUCCCCCUGGGAAACUUAUGCUUAAAUAUUUUGCAUUCCGAUUUGCUUUAUUUUGCACUGUUUGAUUUUGAGUAGAAAUACCUUAUGGCUCACAGUAAGGUUGGAAUAGAAAAAUUAAGUAAUUGGAAGUUCCUUAAAUUGUUUAAUCCAAUUGGCAUUGAUAUUUAGUGUGUGUAAAAUAAUAAAAUAGGAAAACUAUAAUGUUUUUGAGCAAAAUGCAUAAUGAUAGGACCUGUUUUCAAUCUUUAUUGAAUUCAUAUCCUUUAAAUCAAUAACUUAGAAGUUGAAAGUGAAACCCUGUAUGUCGAGGUGCUCUAACAAUCCAGUAGCCUUAAGCAAACUUAGAUAUGAUUAUCCAGGUCAAAGUAGUCCCUGUUGUUCCAUAGCUUUUUCUAACCAGACAAACCAGCUCAAUUUUCGAUAUCAAGUACUUUUUUUUUUUUUUUUUUUUUUUUUUUUUUUAAUAAAGUAUUGAACUUUCUUUCAAACGACGAAUGAUUAUGUGUGUGUUUUUUCCAAAGGGCACUGCUGUGUGAUGUUUAACCUAAUGGGAAAUGAUUGUAUGAUUGCAUGCCAACUCUUAUGGGAAAACUGAGUGUUUUAGAAAAUCGUUUUUGUUGUGAAUGUGCAGAAAAGUUUGGGUUUAAAGGUAUAGAACUUUUAUAACAUCUGUGAUCCUUAUUUUAAUAACUAAAGAGAAUGUGCGAGUAAAAUCAACAGGGUUGGCAUAUGUAAAUGCUGAGAAUCUAAUUUUGAUGUGAUUUAUGGAUUAUAAAUGGGCUUUAUUCCUUUUUUUUUUUUUUUUUUUUUUUUUUUUUUUUUCCAUUUCAAGAAAAGAUUUGUUUUCUCUUCUAAUUUCAAACCAUGUUUUUAAACUUUAUUUGCACUUAAUAAAUGCACAAGGAAACCGAUUUGAAUACUGUGUGUUUCUUGCCUUGGCUACCAGUUUGCCUUUGUUGGGCCAAAUAAACCUCUACAAAGAUGGUGCAAUGAUCAAUGUUAAAUGAUGAAACUUGUGCAAGUCUUGUAUAGAUGCACAUUCACACUGAUUCCAUGUUGAAUCUCAGUUGGGCACGACUGACCACAACAAUCCGCUUUACUGAGACACCAGUGACUUUCCCAUAUGCUGUUUUGUCUGUCAUCACACUGAGGUAAGGAUUACAUCAGACUCAGGUUUAUCAUAAAGGCUUUAAUUGCCUAUCUGAACAGUCUAUGUUCUUCCACAUUACUCAUUGUUCUAAUACUCCUCCAGAGAAUUCUGAUGACAUUUCUCAUGUAUCCAUGUUAAUGUAACAAUUUACAUCAUUCCACUGAGAAUAAAUUUAAUUAGGACAACCAGGGAAUAAAAUUCAUCUCUCUUUCACAUCAAAUAGAUAGGUAAAUAGAGUACAGACCUAUAAAUUAGACCAGAGUUGGGUGUUUCUUGUUUUGUUUUGUUUUCCCUUGCACCCCAGGAUUGCUGUUACCAGAGAGCAGGGAAUGGAAAACUCUUGCGAUAUUGCUUUAAUAAAGACUGGCCUAUGUGUCCACAUAUUGAUAUUUAGUGAAAAUCAAAAAAGAAGAAGAAAUAUGCUUUUAUCAUAUGGCAUCUGCAGUCAAUUCCUCAUGAAGCAUUAGUUCUAUGCCUGAGGGAUUCUGCACAGGGAAGUUUUCCAAAAACAAGCCAAGGCACUAAUGGAUCUGUCAAAUUCAUGCUGAAAGUCUCACUGGACUUAGACUAGAUUGGUCACAACUACUAGAAGCAGGAAUAGAGCGUCGCGUUAAAGAUUUAGAAGAUCAUGAGGGAUUUAUGCAUUGCCCGUGCAUUGCGUGACAUGCACUGAACAUCUUAUAUAACACACGUAUCAAUUUACCACGUGAGAUCGGAAUUUUACCACGGUCCCUAAGCGCGCGCUAGUGCUACUGAAAUUUAGAGACGCUCCCUUACAGCUUUUCUGAUGAAAUCUCUCUUUAGCUCCGCGGCUAGCGAGCACAACGGCAACGGCGACGUCAACGAGUCUGAAUACCAAGUAUUUCUAUUUAAAACGUAUUAAAAGUGAAACUACUUUUUUGUAACUUCAAGGAGAUUGCUUUGACUCGAUUUUGACGGUACAGCCGUUUUUUUCUCCUUCAA